CGAAGCAGUUAUUAUAGCUACAGUAUAUUUAUGGCACUGAGCUUGAACAAUGAUCUGCGAAUGAUAAUCUCUGACGCUCAUCCAAGUCACGGACUAUCAAUAAUACUCCAGUCCUACUAUAGCUCAGCGGCCUGUGCUUACAUUAAUGUUUUGUCUUCCCUAUGCAUAGGUUUUAUGCUCUACACUUCCCUAAAUCAGGAGUAGACGAAGCUUUUGUGAGACCUCUUCACAUGGACACCUUGCAUAAAAUGAUGCCAAGACCCGUUGCGAUUACCUCACUGCCAUGACUCCAAACAUGGCCGGAGACCAGCAGGAAAUUUGAGGUAUGUGACACAGCAAUCCUGACUGGUCUCUUAUAGCAGUACGUAUGGGUUCAUACGAUGUCCUUUCACACCCCAUGACCUCUCUUACACUACCCAACGUCUUCGCAAAGCCACAGCAAGAUCAUGGUGUAUUUCCUUUGUACCCCAUAGAUACCCGUCACACGUGUUCUAUGAUGCUCGAACGAGUACAAACACACACUACGUCGUCAGAUCACCAAUUAACUUCAUCGGCAGUCAUUAAGCAGCGGCAGGAAUCAGGGAGGCCAGUGCUUGCCAUUCUAUGCACUCUUCUGCAUAUCAUUCUUGUCCUCCUCCACGUUGCUAUUCUUGUGCUCAGUAUUUCGGGUGUCGAGCAUCGUCUAGUCGUCCAAUUGAUAUCUGGCAAUGAAAUCUGGGUCACUAUAUUGAGCACAUCAUCACAGGCGUUUUAUGUGAUCUACUGCACGAUACUCGUUUACUUAAUGCAACGAUUGACAUUCCUCAAGAACGUGACGCGACGCCAGACGGUAACCGCUCUUCAUGACACAGUGAACGCAUGGAGGGGUCUUGGUUCUGCGCUGGAGUGUCUUUGGCGACAAUCAACAAUCCCUGCAUCAUGGUGGAGCAUAUUGUCCAUAACGGCCUAUCUUGCGUGUGUUUUUUCCCUUCACGUGGUUUCAUCGUCUAUCAUUCAAUUGCAAACAUUCAACUCCACCGUGGAUGCGUCCGCUACAAAAAUUUCUUACUGGCCUAGUCCAGACGUAGACAUGAUGACAAUCCAGUGGCAAACCAUCAGUGCAUUGGUUCCUACAUUAGGCCGAUUUGCCAAUCCUCAGGGCAUGGGACUCCACGGUGCCACUUUAUACGACAUCAUUCAGUCUACCGAUACAUCUGGUCGUGCUAUUGUCAAUGCAUCGUCGUUCAAAGCGAAUUGUGGAUUAGUUCGCAAUUCCAUGUUAAACUAUUCUCCUGAAAUCAAUGCUGACACUUUCGGAUAUUUUACACUCAACCCGCCAAUAUCAAAGCUCAAUCAUACCGCGGAAUUUAGAGCUAGACUUGUGCAUCCGUAUCCAGAUGAGGUUACGAUAAAUCCUGCCAUCUCCUUGUUCUUUCCGGGACCGACUAUUGCGUUCAUAGCCUCGACCGCUGUGAACUCGAGCAAUUUACCCAGCGAUGAAACAGUUCAACACGUGUAUUGGGAGUAUCCUCCAACAUCCUUCAUAGGUAGUCCCCAGCCUCCCCUGAUUUAUAGCAUGUACGACGUCCAUAUAGUGGCGUGCACUAUUAAUGUUCAACCUCAUGUCGCCACUGUUGAUGUACAGACCAAUCAAUUACUAGGUCUUUCUCCAUCCCUUGAGCCGAAUGUUUCUGGCGAAUGGGAGGCAUGGUCAGCGCCGGAGGAAGAACCGAAAUGGGAUAUUUGGUCACCGCCAUCAGCAAGUGCAUUGCAUCAUGAAAAAUGGCUUGUUUCUCCUUUCGUAAGCGGGGCAUAUCAUCCCAUUGGCUGGUGCAUGAAUCAGGACCGAGCAUCAUGUUAUGGGUUAUCUCUUUUGGAAAUACAUUUUAUGCAGCAGAUUGGAAUAAAUAUCCUCUUUCCCGACCCAGCAAUAACCGGAGACUUCUCUGUCCUGGCCCACGCUCCUCCAAUUCCGAAGAAAAUUCUGUGCAGCCGUGACCAAUUUGAAUCGGCUCUAUCAAGGGCUUAUGCUACACUUCUAUGGACAGGCGGACAACUCGGCGCCGACGGUGGCGGGUUUGAUCGGAAAAAUGAAACUACCACCAUUUCACAGCAGCUUCUGCAAUGGCACCUUGGUAUAAACUUAUGGCCCCUUGCACUUGCGCUCACCUGCUCUCUACUUAUGUUAGCGUUAUCAAUGCGCGUGACAAAUGGGAUGCACGGAAGGAACGGUACAAUGCCUAUCGAUGGCGCUGGCAUUCUCCAAAUCAUUUGGCUUACGAAUCGCUUCCGUGUACUAACAGACCUUUUGAGCGACGUCGAGGAUCCCCAAGAGGAUAUCCUUCGUGCUGCUGGGAUGGUCGAUAUGGACCUGCUAAUGGAGUUGAACGACGUACAAGCAGACCAUUGUUAAUAGCCAUCCCCGUGGAGUUGGCUCUAACUUUUAGUAUUUUAUCUGGCUUGUUCAAAAUUCCUCUACUUUUCCCUAAAUUUGUGCGGGACGUUUUUUGUGGUGUUGCUAGGGUACUUGUUGGCAGCUGCGCGAAGAGAACGAAAGAGCAGUUCGAUGAAAACGUGAAGCUGGUCUUUUGUGGGAUCGAAAAGUGUUUCCAUGUGGAGAAGAGACGAGACGAAGAGACAUUGGCAUGAUUCAUUUCGAAUGCUCGAUGAGAUGCGAGGCACGUGACUGUACUCGAACGGACCAGGAAGAGUUCCCCUUCAAAUCGCUUCUGU